GACAAUAGACCUUAAUCACUCAUGUGUCUGAGAGCUGUGUUGGCAAGCUGAGUUCCACAUACACUGGGAGGGAGAAAAGAGAAGAGGAAGAGAUAGACACUGUAUGUGGCCACCAAAAAGGAAGGGAAAACACAGAGGUGGACAACCUGGGAGAAGAGUUAUCAUUACGAUAAGCUAAAGACAGGACAGUUAACAACCAGACUGAAGAGAGAACAUUUGACAUAAAGGAACACAAUUUAUCCUGAAGAAAAACCUUCAUUUGAGGACCACAGCUUCUACUGAAGAUAUUUCCAUCUACUCUGCUGUCCAAAUUAGAGUAUGCCCUACUGUUCCUGUCACCCCUGCCGCCGAUCCAGGCGCUCAGCAUGAUCUCCCACUACCAUCUGGCCACCGUCUUGCCCUGGCCUGCGAGUCCCCUCUAUUACUGUCCCAACCUGGACUGCACCUUGCUGCUGGAGGGGGAAGGAGGUGUCGCACUGCAAAGGUACCAGCCUCGUUCCCCGGAGAGCUGCCCACGUCACUGGAGCUCAGUGCAGGACUGGGGGGAGGAAGUCGAGGAAGGCGCCGUCUACAAUGUGACACUGAAGAGGGUCCAGAUUCAGCAGGCGGCCAACAAGGGAGCGAGAUGGCUGGGGGCUGAGGGGGACCGUCUGCCUCCAGGCCACACAGUGAGCCAGCUGGAGACCUGCAAAAUCCGAAGCAUCCGUGCUGGAACACUAGAGCGUCUGGUGGAGACUUUAUUGAUGGCAUUUGGAGACAACGACCUCACCUACACCUCCAUAUUCUUGUCGACCUACAGGGCCUUCACCAGCACACAGAUUGUACUGCAGCUACUGCUAGACAGAUAUGGAAAUUUAGAAGAAAAUGAACAUGACACAGACAAAUGCCAAAGCCCUGAAAACAAUGGAGCCAUCAGAAAUGUCUUGGCCUCCAUCCUGCGUGCCUGGCUGGACCAGUGUCCUGAAGACUUCCAGGAGCCUCCAGACUACCCCUGUCUUCACAGGCUGAUGGACUACCUGCGCAGGGCCCUGCCCAGCUCAGAGGCUCUUAGAAAGGCAGAGGGUCUGCUGGAGCAGCUGAAAAGUCUUGCCAACAUGGACGAGACUGAUGCUGGUUUUCAUGGCAACGGUUCUUUCUGCUUGGGGGAAGACGAGGAAGUGGAGAUCGAGGUCCAGGAGGACUUCCUGUCAUUUGACACCGACCUGGUGGCCGAGCAGCUGACCUACAUGGAUGCACUUCUCUUUAAAAAGGUGGUACCGCACCACUGCCUGGGCUCUAUUUGGUCGCAGAGGGAUAAGAAGCACAACAAGCACAGUGCCCCCACCAUUCGCGCCACCAUCACUCAGUUCAAUGCUGUGGCGGCCUGCGUGGUCAGCACAGUGCUGAAACACAGGCAGAUCAGACCUCAUGUCAGAGCGCGGGUCAUCCAACGCUGGAUAGACAUCGCUCAGGAGUGUCGAAUACGCAAAAACUUCUCGUCUUUGCGAGCCAUUGUGUCUGCGCUGCAGUCCAAUCCUCUGUACAGGCUGAAAAGGGCGUGGGCCUGUGUGCACAAAGACAGCAUGCAGACAUUUGAGGAACUGUCUGACAUUUUCUCAGACCACAACAACUACCUGACCAGCAGAGAGCUACUCAUGAGGGAGGGUACGUCAAAGUUUGCCAGUCUGGAGAGUUGUGCCAAGGAGCACCAGAAACGCACCCACAAGAGACUACAGCUGCAGAAGGAAAUGGGAGCAAUGCAAGGAACGAUACCAUACUUGGGGACUUUUCUAACCGACCUGACCAUGCUGGAUACAGCGCUGCCUGAUCUUGUUGAGGGUGGCCUGAUCAACUUUGAAAAGAGACGCAGGGAGUUUGAGGUGAUAGCUCAGAUCAAACUGCUCCAGUCGGCCUGUAACAGCUACUGUCUGACUCCAGACCCAGCUUUUCUUCGCUGGUUUAAAAGCCAGUCUCAGCUCAGUGAGGAGGAAAGCUAUGCCUUGUCCUGUGAGAUUGAAGGGCUUGGAGACAGCAGUCCAACUUUGCCCAAACCUCGAAAAAGCAUGGUGAAGAGACUCAGCCUCCUGUUUCUUGGAACAGACAAUAAUACAGCCAGUUCUCCAGUCAGAGAGACGCCACGGUCGCCUCCUACUGGCAGCUCAAGGGAGAGCAUGGACUCAGUCAGCGUGUCCUCCAGUGACUCCAGCAGCCCCUCAGACAAUGAGGGGCUCACCUCCCCUACUCACACCUCUGACUCUCAGCAAAACAAGUUAUCGGAAUCCUCCUCUUGUAAUUCACUCCACUCCAUGGACACCAGCUCGUCAACAGCCAGUGUCACCAUGAAUUCCACGUCUCCUUCCUUCCCCGGGGCCCUCUGCACCCACAUGCGCUCUCUGUCCCUCACUCCCGUGUCCUCUAGUUCCCCAAGCCAAACCCCAGUGUACAACAUCCAGACCCAGGAUGCAUGCAUCAUAAGAGUCAGUCUGGAACACGGUAAUGGGAAUCUCUACAAGAGCAUACUGCUCACCAAUCAAGACAAGACUCCGGCAGUAAUUUCCAGAGCCAUGGCGAAGCACAACCUGGAGGUGGAGCCUGAUGAGGGAUACGAGCUGGUACAAGUCAUCUCUGAGGAGAGAGAACUGGUGAUCCCAGACAACGCCAAUGUCUUUUAUGCCAUGAACACCUCCGUGAAUUUUGACUUCCUGCUGCGGGUGCGAGGCUCAGUGGGCCGACCUGUCCAGCUACGAAGCCGGUGUAGCACCACGCUCCCUCGUACCCAGUACCGCUCAAGCCUCUCGCUUAGACUCAGUAAAGUCACACUGUGACCCUGGAGUGUUGUGACCCAGCAGUUUGCUCUUGUACCACUAACCAGCACUAAAGAGGGCAUAAAGUGGAUGGAUACAUUGGACUUGUGGAAGAUAACUGGAUUCAAGAAACAAUAGAUGGAUCCUAAUGAACUGUCAGACUUUUAAAGCGCUCUACUUUGAUCUUCUUUUGCCAGGCAAGUUUUCCUGAACUGUGCCAACCCUUUGCCCAGCCUUAGUAUGGAACAUGAAUGUGUACACUAGGUGUCUACUGUGCCAGUGAUGCCUGUGACAGAGUGAACCAGGGACCCCAAGUGGCCUCCACUCUUAACAAUAACAGCCAUUUGCACAUGCUCUGGGAGCUGCCAAACUCCUGACCUCCAACAGUAUUCUGAUUUUGUCCUGUAACGUCUGCAUAGCUGAAUAAAAACCUUUCUAGUAAGGGAAGAGUGAUAAAUGCAGAAAUAGAAGACGGAUGGUGGAACAGAAGAAGAAGUGGACCGAGUGUCCCAUCUUGUUGCCUUCAUCGAUAAAUAAAUGGACCUCUAACAGUAUUCUGAAUGAUAUUCAUAAAGUGAUUGACAGAAGCUGUGAUGGCAUUAUUUUUCGGUAGUCGGACAUGUUUACUUGCCGUGCCCAUCUCGUGCACAGUGUGUGUAUGUGUUCAGCCGCUCUCAUAUUGUGAGCUAUGUUAUGAAUGCACUGGUACAUGUGCAUUCUGAUUGGUUCCAGUACUUGGUUUUAGCAAGUCUUUGGCAGAUGCUGAAAUGGCCUUACCUGCCCUGUCAUUAGGGUGUAGAGAUGCAAUUUGUGCUGCUUUCUAAUCCAGAAAGAUGUUCCAUGUGCCUGUUAGAAAAAAAGGCAAGAGCACAAGAAAGGAGGGGGUUGUCUUACUGAAAUGGAAAGCAUUACGUAAAGUGUCUGAAACUGAUACAUACUUGUACCUCUUUGCCCUUUGUUAAAUGAAACACAGAGUUGCACUUGUCAGUUGGUAGGGGAUGCCAAUGGGAUGUGACUACAGAAGAAUGAAAGAGCCACAACAAUAGUGGUUUACUCCCUCUUCACUAAAUGACUUACUAUUUUUGUUUGUAAUUUCAGCUUUUUGUAUGUUUUUGUAACACCCUGGAGACCCGAAAGGAAUGACAGUGGAAGGGUGAGAGAGGAUUCUUAAACUAAAUGUUAAUGAAUUUCAGAAAGUGUCAUAAAAAGAGCCAGUGUCAGAUUUGACUGUGAUACAUCUGAACACUUCAGAAGCCAAACACCUCUUCUCACAGUAAACUCCCAUCAUGGGCAUACACCUCAUUUGCAACACCAUCACAGUUUCACAACAACACUUAUCACCUGGCCAUGUAAGAGCAACACAUUACAGAAAAACACCCACAAAGUCAUACUUUUCUUUCAGUACAUGAUCCUCAUGCUAUUUUGCUGCGGUCACAUCUUCAUGAAACCAGUUACUGCUCCUUGGUCAUUAUUACAUUUCCCCACUGCAUGAACUGCAUGAACAUUUGUCUCCAUGUUCAUUUCAUAAUGUUCUCAUUAAAUCACCCUCAGUUCCUGUGUGUGUAACUGCCAAAGACUCUUUUUCUA